AUGAGAGACACUAAAGAUACUGUCGCCUGUGAGCAAAGCUCCAUUAAUGGCGACAGGAAAGAUAAGACCCUCCAUUACGCAAGUCGUGGUCAGACACUCAGCGAGGAGAACGCUGGUACUGAUACUAUUUCGGGAUUCGAUGCCCAGUGGAUGAGGGCACGAACAUCCCUAACUGCCGAGGAAGAGAAAAAGCUGUUGCGUCGGGUCGAUUGGCACAUCAUGCCACUUUGUGCGAUAAUGUUUCUGUUGAAGAAUAUAGAUUCCGAGAAUGUCGCGAAUGCGAGGAUCAUGAACAAGGGUACAGAAAGAAAUAUAUUGACACAACUUGGCAUGACCACUGAUCAAUAUAAUCUCGUUACGGUUCUUUAUUACAUUAGUUGGGGAAUUGCCCUCGCCUGUCAUACAGCAGUCAAGAAUAAGGAGGGACUGUACGCGGUGCGCUUUAUCCUUGGCUUGGUAGGGCCCCUGUUCGAAGCUGGAUUGUUUCCUGGAGUUAUUCUCCAAUUAUGCUACUGGUAUCGGCCUGAUGAGAUGUCACUAAGAUUGCUUUACUUUUUACUAACAGGACAAGAUAUCCUUGGAAACUUCUCUGGAAUUAUUAGCGGCGUACUAGCCUACGCGUUUGAUACAGUGUCCGGGUCUCAUGGAUUAUCAGGUUGGCAAUGGCUCUUCUUAACAGAGGGCAUUAUCACUGUCGUGUUCGGCAUAUUAUUGAUAUUCAUAUUUCCUGAUUUCCCUCCUCAAGCCAAAUGGCUUACGGAGAAAGAGAAGGCGUUCAUCCAGGCCCGAUUGCCACGCAACGCACCUCGAGCUGAAGAGGUCAACUUCAAUUUCCGUGAAAUCUUCGAUUCACUGCGAGACCGCCGGCUGUGGCUUUUUACCCUGAUAUGGGCCUUCUUUACCGUAGGAACGCACGGUCUACGAUUCUACCAACCGACUGUGAUCGCAAACCUAGGAUUCACGGACAUUGCAACAUCCCAGCUUCUCAACAUUCCUACCUCCGUCCUAACGGUCCUCUGCAUCGGCGUUUUCGGUAUUUGGGCCGACAGCUCCCGCCUUCCCCGACCUCUUUACCCUCUAUCUUUCCUAGUCGUCAUCCUCGCCUGUUAUGGUGUCCUCUACAGCUUCCCCAGCAACGGCGCCGUCUAUGCCGUGACCGUCAUCGCGAAUGCAUUAGGAAGUGCGUGGUUCCCAUUGAUGUGGCCGUGGCGCGUACAAACCACGAGCCGUGCGACUGGCUCUGCCUUCUCGAUCGGCUUUGUGAAUAGUUACGAUAUUCCAGAGCAAGUAUGCGCCGCAUUAUACGGUGCCAUUUGCCGUUACGAUGGGGCUGAUAGCGGCUUGUAUUUUGACUACCCUUGUCACUUGGUGGAUAACCAGGGACACGGAGAGAGCGACAAGGAGGUUGAAGCUGGCUAG